AUGCGGAUCCGGUACCCGUUCGCAGGUGCAUUUGUCUUUCUAAUUAUUCUUGCUGCUUACAUCGGUCUUCUUCCUCAUUCAACUUCCUCAACAAUUCCAACCAACCUCCAACCUAAUGACAAAUUCCUGCAUCUGUUUACCUUCUUCCUUCUGUCGCUGACCUUCUACUGGAUCCUCGACACCACACGUCGCCGUACAUUACACCUCACUCUCUUGGUCUGCACUCUUGGACUUGGUGUCGGUUCAGAAGUUGUUCAAGGCCUUCUUCCCAAUGAUCGACCCUUCGAUCCAUUCGACAUUGUCGCUAAUGUCGUCGGAAGUCUCGGCGCCGUUGGUCUGUGCAGCUGGUAUCACCGCCGCAUGUUAGAUCGCCGCCGUAAGAGCCGGUUUGGUGGGACAGAUGUUGGAGAUGAAGAUAUUGAGCUUGGUGUUGGUGCUGGAGACCAUUCGUUGCGCGAUGAGGGCCUCGGUCCACAGGAAUCCGGCGUCAUGUCUCUGGAACAGGAAGUAGAUAACUGGGACGAGAACGCGGAGGAUAAUUGGGACACUGAGGAUGGUCCUGGUCCAUCUCAACCGACUUCCCCUCCAAGUUAUCACGAUGGUCGGAAAUCCAGCUCGGCUGGACUCAACGGGGAACUUACUGGGAAACGUAAUGAUUAG